AUGUCGGGUUCCCGUACAGCUUUCACCGAGCUGGACACGAAGGUACUUGGGACGGUGCGGUUCGGCGACGACUCAGUGGCGCGAAUCGAAGGCCGGGGGGCAAUCGUGUUCCUGUGCAAGAACGGCGAGCACCGGUCCUUCGCGGGGGUGUAUUACAUUCCCCGACUGACGACGAACAUCGUCAGCGUCGGCCAACUCGAUGAGGCCGGGUACCAUAUCGACAUCGAGAACGGGGCGAUGAAGAUCCAUGAGCCAGGCGGACGGCUCCUAGCAAAGGUCAUGCGCGGAGAGAACAGGCUGUACAUUCUCCACGCCAAGCUGGUUCGGCAGGUGUGCCUGGAGGCGCGGGCAGUCGAAGAAGCUUGGAAAUGGCACGCGCGCCUCAGCCAUGUCAACAUGACCGCGCUGCGGAAGAUGGCUCGGGAGGAGCUGGUGCGCGGGUUGCCGGCGGUUGGUCCGGUGGACCAGCUAUGUGAGGCGUGUCUCGCCGGCAAGCAAAAGCGGUCGCCGUUCCCCCAGCAGGGAGAGUACCGGGCGCGGCGUGUUCUGGAGCUGGUGCACAGCGACCUCUGUGGUCCGAUUGCGCCGGAAACGCCAAAUGGCAGCAAGUAUUUCCUGCUGCUCGUGGAUGAUCGAAGCCGGUACAUGUGGGUGGCCAUGCUGCCUUCAAAGGACCGUGCUGCGGUGGCCAUCAAGGAGAUCAAGGCUCGCGCAGAAGGCGAGUCAGGACUGAAGCUGGGAGCGCUCCGUACUGAUCGGGGCGGCGAAUUCACCUCACAUGAGUUCGCGGAGUACUGCGCGGGAGAAGGUAUUCAUCGUGAACACACGGCGCCAUACAGCCCGCAGUAGAAUGGCAUCGUCGAGCGCAGGAAUGGCACGGUGGUAGCAACCGCGAGGAGCAUGCUCAAGGCAAAGGGGCUGCCGGGCUGGUUUUGGGGUGAGGCAGUGGCAACUGCUGUAUACAUCCUGAACCGGUGUCCCACGAAGAGCGUGGACGGCAUGACGCCUUUCGAGGUAUGGCACGGGAAGAAGCUGGCGGUGCACCAUCUGAAGGUGUUCGGAUGCAUCGCCUACGUCCUGAACACGACACCGCAUCUCAAGAAGCUGGAGGACCGCGGCCGCAAGAUGAUCUUCAUCGGCUACGAGUACGGAUCAAAGGCCUACCGAGCCUACGAUCCCACCACGAGGCGUGUCCAUGUGACACGGGACGUGGUGUUCGACGAGAAUGCCCAGUGGGACUGGGGCAGCGGCGCGAAGCAAGGGGAUGCGGGCAGCCACGACGAUAUGUUCACAUUGGAGUAUGCCGUCGGGAACCAGGUACCUCCAGAGCUCGAUGGCGCCAUCGAGGUACUUGAUGAUGAUGCGCCGGGACCGGAGCCGAUGUCGCCACCGUCUGUGCACUACAGUGGGGGAGCAGCGCCGAUUGAAGAUGGAGGAGAGGAGGUGGAGUUCGCCUCUCCACCGAGUGUCCACAUUGACCACCUGGACGCUAAUCACGAUGAUGCGCCACUCCGGUUCCACAAGAUCGACAACAUCGUUGGGCUGACCUUGCCACGUGGUCUCGCGUCGCGGGCGUUAAUUGCAAAGGAGCUGCACGCUGUAAGUUCUGAUGAGCCGGUCUCUUUUGUUGAAGCAGAAGGCCACCCGAGCUGGAGGAAGGCUAUGGAGGAGGAGAUGGCGUCAAUCGAGGAAAACCGCACCUGGUCCCUGGUAGACCUCCCACAUGGUUGCCGGGCGAUCGGGUUAAAGUGGGUGUACAAGGUGAAGCGGGAUGAAAACGGAGCCGUGGCGAAGUACAAGGCGCGCCUGGUGGUGAAGGGCUAUGCGCAACGCCAAGGGAUCGACUACGACGAGGUGUUCGCACCUGUGGCGCGGCUGGACACGGUGCGCCUUCUCAUUCCACCUGGUGUAGAUGGCAUGUUCCGAGGGACUCGUGAGGUGAGCGCCGGGACAGGGUGA